AUGUUCCGGUGUCCAGCGAGCGGUGCGGGUUUUCCCACGGGCAGCAGGGGGCGCUGCGCUGCGCUGCGCGGCCCAGGGUCCUCUUUGCUCUAUCUUAGGGUCAGAGCUGUAGACGCUGUGUCGGGCCUAGAAGGUGGCAAAAAGAAGCCCUUGAAACAGCCCAAGAAGCAGGCCAAGGAGAUGGACGAGGAAGAUGAGGCUUUGAAGCAGAAAUAGAAGGAGGGGCAGAAGAAACCCUAGGGCAAGGGCCCCCUGGCCACAGGUGGAAUGAAGAAAUCUGGCAAAAAGUAGAACGAAGUUGUAUCUUGGAGCCUGUUAAACAUCUGGAUUCCCUGCCAUAAUAUC